AUGAAGUUCUUCCUCAAGCCUGUCUUCCGGUGCGAGAUCGAGGGGGUUGCAGAGACGCAGGUCGUUUACGGGGACCCAGAUGAGAAGGGAAACAAGGUCGGAGUCGUAGCGACCGCUACAGAGGUCUCGGGGUAUAAGGUCAAGGCAAGUCCCCGACUUCUCGACCGGUGGCUGGACAAGAUCGUACGCAUCGCGGGCUCGGCGCCUGUUUUCCUGUUCAUUGUCAGUGCGCUGCUUCUCUGGGCAUUUAUGGGGAUCCGAUUUGGGAAUUCCGCCAAGUGGACUGCGGUUAUUUCGGAUGCCCAGGCGAUCUUAUGCUACGUUUUUGACUCCUUCCUGAUGCGACAGCUCCUGCGGGAAUAUGCGGAGCAGCAGGAGGCCAUGGCGGAGAUGCAGUCGCGACGUCACAGUCACGAGCGCAUGCUUGCGAAGCUCAAGGCGAAGCUGGGAACGGAGGGAGUCGCACGCGUGUCGCAGAUGUGCAGCAGCCAUGAAUUGGAAGAUCUUGAUCACGGAAAGCGUACGCAGAGCUUCUUCGCGAAGGCUAUCAUCUUCUCGGCACGCAUGCUAGGCCACAUCGUCACCGUAGGCUUGUACUGGGUGUGUAUCUUUAUCUGGCUGGGCUUUGGCAACUACUGCGGCUGGACGGACCAGUGGCAAUUGUAUAUCAACUCGGCGACCUCGGCGCUCAUGGUGUUGGUCUUUGCCUUCCUCGACUGUCUGCGGGAAUGCUAUGCGGACUAUGUCAAUGUUUGCUUGGAUGCUAUCUUCCGGGUGGACGCGACCCUCGAGCAGGAACUUCGUCGUCUCACAGACGAUGACCUCCCCAACGAGCUGGUGGUGAUCCCACACCCUCGUGAGAAUCCCUUGCAGGUGGCCAUCUUCUACUACGCCGAUAUCAUCGGCACGCUGGUCGGCAUCAUCCUCCUCCUUGUGGUCAUUGUCGCCUGGGCGGCCGUUGGCCCGGUCUUCGACUUUAACGAUAACUGGUGGCUCCUCAUCGGCACCUACGCGGGGCUCGUCGGACUGUUCGAUAGCUUCAUCCUGCGCAACGUGCAAGCGAAGGUGAAGUCCUACACCGUGGAGCAGACUGAGUCCCUGGAGCGACGGGAUAUGGUUCUUUAUACUGGGACGGAGGUGGCGAUUCCACCCAAGGAGGCGCUGGAUACGUCGUCGAUCACCCACCGCGCGUCUAUUGCCAUGGGCAAGGUCUGCUCGCACCUGUUGAUGGUGGUUGCGGGGCUUCUCCUGACUAUCGGAUGUGUGAUUGGGUCCAGCGUUAUGCGAUGGAACACCACCGGGCAAUUGAUCUCGAAUAUUCCACCCAGUAUCAUUGAGACUUUCUUUAUGCUCAUUCUGAUUACGGGGCAGAACGAUGCGGAUGCCAGCGCCCGGGUGGAUAUGACCCAUAUCUACCAUCGACGACAGCGACUUCUGUGGUUCGUGAAGGAUGCGCAGAAGCUUUUGUAG